CUCACCACAAUCCUUUCCACCCGAUCUAUGAUCAAGUUCAAGGAAUCACAUCUACUAAAGGAGAAUUCUUGAAAAACACUGGCUUCCCAACAAUUAAAAAAAAGAAGAAGUUUUUCCACGUUUACGAUAUAUACACUGAUGACAGAUUUGGUCUGUGCAAGUUUAUCUGAAGUUCUUGAGAGAAAAUGUCAAAUAUCAAAUAUUUCAGUAUACAUGCAAUUUAUUGAUAUUGUUCAUCAUUAAGCUCUCUGUGGUUUUUUCUUUCUGAGUCCAUCUCCAAUUACCAGGUCCUAAAGGACUGGUUUUUCAGGGGGUGAGAAACAGUGAGGAGCAAAAAAAAUUUGUAAUGAGGACCCUGAAUUCAACCUCCUUUUUGAACACAACGCUUGUGCGUCCUGAGUUCUUUUUCAUAAGUGGUUUAGCCGGUAUUCCCCACACAAAAUACUACUAUAUGUUCUUGUGCUUUGUAUAUACUCUGUCUCUACUGGGAAACACUUUUGUCAUGUUUAUGAUUUACACCGACCACUGUCUUCACAGUCCAAAAUACAUUGCGGUGUUUAAUUUGGCUGUGUCUGACUUGUGUGUAAGCACAGCCCUCGUUCCUCAGUUGAUUGAAACCUUCCUGUUUAAAUCACAGUUAAUCUCCUACGAGGCCUGCUUGACUAAUUUGUUUUUUGUUUUUUGGUUUCUCUUUAUGCAGUCUUUCACUCUCACCGUUCUUUCCUAUGAUAGAUGUGUCGCUAUAUGCUUUCCACUGAGAUACAGUGAGGUUGUGACUGAUAAAUCGAUGCUGGUGAUCACAACUAUGACAUGGAUUAUUGCAGGACUGGCUGUUCUCAUAGCUGUGACUUUUAUCAGCAGACUGUCAUUUUGCAAAUCCACUGUGAUAAACAGUUAUUUCUGUGAUCACGGACCCAUGUUCAGGUUGGGGUGCAAUGACAACACUCCAAGUUAUGUGAUGAGUUGGACACAUGCUAUUAUGAUUCUCUGGUUUCCGGUACUUUUUAUCAUGGGUACAUACAUUUGUAUAGCCAGAGCAUUAUUGAAGAUAGCAGUGGCCCUGGAGCGCCUCAAAGCCAUGCAAACCUGCACCUCCCAUUUGAUCUUGGUGAGUGUAUUUUAUCUUCCUUUAUGUAUUAAUGCUGCGAUGGGUUCCAGCAUUCACCCAAAUGUUAGGAUCUUUAGUACGUCGCUGGCAUUGGUCUUGCCACCUAUGCUGAAUCCAAUAAUUUAUUCACUGAAGACAGAAGAAUUCACAGAAUCCAUUAAAAAGUUUUACAGAAGAAAAAUACUUGUCGCUGUAAGGAAUAAAUGAAUAAAUACCUUAAUCACAAAUGACUGACUGGCAAGUUUAACCAUGGUCAUUUUUUCCAAACCGUCCAGUUACCUGUCAACUGUAAAUAUAAAAAUAAUUUUUGAAUUAGUGUCUAAAUAUUUUCAAGGUCUUCCACCUUACUACUGCUGAGAACGCAUUUUGUCCAAUUAAAAACCAGUUUUCUCUUGUUUUUUUUGUUUGUUGUUUUAUUGUUGUCAGGCUGUUAUGAAAGCCAAUCAAACCCUUUGUUUUUUUUUUUUUCCCCCUUUUGGAUGAGCCAAUCAUAUUCACCGGCCCUGCUCAUUCCUAUUGGUGCAGGGGAGCACAGAGAAGGCCACAUUCCCACCUGUGAAAUGUUUGAUCUCAAACCACCGAUUAUUUUGACACUGCAGAGCACAAGAUCAGCAUUCAAACAUCAGCUGGAAGGAGCCACAUCAUUUGCAGCUUUUAGAAGGCAGAUUGUGAGCACAUGAAUGGCCAGCAGGGGUCACUGAUGGGCACUGAGACACGGUCAUCCUGGCCCCCGAUCGAGCCCCUCCCUCCCUGUGUGACUCUACAGCCGGCAAUACCCUGUGGAGCUGUUGGCCACAGUCUUCCCUGACACAGUCUGGGUAUAAUCCCAGACCACAGGGCCAAUGCACUUAAACAGUGCCUUAUCCGGCUGAGCCACCAAGCACCCUUUUAAGAGGAUGGGGUUGACCAGUAGUGCAAUCAGGGACAG